ACAUGUAAAUACCGCACGUUGACAGAAUUGUUGUUUAAAUAUACAAGUCGGACAAAAUAUAAUUAUUAAGCUUUCAAAACCACAUGUAAAAAAAGUAAUGGCGGAAGUUCCUUCGAGAAACCUAAAAGAAAGCAGAAAUGUUGCCACAAGAGUCGACGACCACCCACUUGUUAGCUCAAAGAAGAGGAGGAGGACGAGGAGGAAGGGGGAGGUGAGGUCGGGGCGGGAGGAGGACGCCAUUGCCGCCGCAGCUGGGACUCUGGGAGUGAAUGUGGGGGAUUUGGGCAAGUCGAGGUAUGGACGAGAGCCGGACUCGACAACGACAAUGUCGGCUAAAAAAGCGCUCAAGAGGACCCUCGGUGAAAAGGAGCAAUGGAGACGAGGAGGAGUAGGAUGUUCGUCUCGCUUGCACUUAGGGAGAAAAUAAGUGGGCUCCCCCCUCAGCAUGAACAGCAGUAGAAACUGCAGCGCAGUGGGCAACGGUGGCGGCCUGGCUGCACUGGAGUCAGUUUCCAUCGUGACCAUCACCCUCCUGGCAUGCCUGGGCAACCUCUUGAUCGUGGCCACCCUGUACCGCCGCCCUUAUCUCCUGACGCCCAGCAACAAGUUUGUCUUCAGCCUGACGCUGUCCAACCUGCUGCUGUCCGCCCUGGUGCUGCCCUUUGUGGCCGUCAGCUCGGCCAAGAGGGAGUGGGUGUUCGGCGUGGUGUGGUGCAACUUCACCGCCUUGCUCUACCUGCUUAUCAGCUCAGCUAGCAUGCUGACACUCGGAGCCAUCGCCAUUGACAGGUACUACGCAGUGCUCUACCCGAUGAUAUACCCUAUGAAGAUCACAGGAAACCGGGCUGUAGUGGUCAUCGCCUAUGUGUGGUUGCACUCCCUGGUGGGCUGCCUUCCCCCUCUGUUCGGCUGGUCCUCCUUCGAGUUCGACUGCUUCAAGUGGACCUGCGUGGCCUCCUGGCACCGCGAGCCGUCCUACACGGCCUUCUGGGUGGCCUGGUGCAUCCUGCCGCCCUUCUUCGUCAUGCUGGCCUGCUACGGCGUCAUUUUCCGCGUGGCCCGAGUCAAAGCCCGGAAAGUGCACUGCGGGACGGUGGUGGUGGCCCAGGAGGACGCCGGCGGUGCGCAGAGGAACGGACGCAAGAACUCCAGCACCUCCACCUCGUCCAGUGGCAGCCGGCGGAGCUUGGUGUACUCUGGGAGCCAAUGCAAGGCCUUUGUUACCAUCCUGGUGGUGAUCGGGACUUUCCUCAUCACAUGGGGGCCGUACGUGGGCGUGGUUUGUACGGAGGCCUUGUUCGGACAAGGGAGCGUGUCCCACGGGCUGGAGACUCUAGUGGCGUGGCUGUCUUUCUGCAGCGCCGUAUGCCAUCCGCUCAUCUACGGCCUGUGGAACAAGACGGUGAGAAAGGAGCUGCUGGGGAUGUGCUUUGGGGAUCGUUACUACAGAGAGUCCUUCGCCACACGCCACAGGACGUCCCGCCUCUUCAGCAUCUCCGCCAGGAUUACAGACUUGGGCAUGUCGCCCCACUUGACGGCCAUGUUGGCUGGUGGAGGGCAGGUGCUGGCUCCCGGGAGCAGCACUGGAGACACUGGCUUCAGCUUCACUCAAGACUCAUGUACAGACGUGAUGCUGCUGGAAAACUUCUCCACAGACGGCUCCUCUUAUCCGCAUCAUCAUAGCAAUCCGUCCGGGAAGAGGAGGAGCUCGGUCACCUUUGAAGACCAGGUGGAGCAUUCCAAAGCGGAGCAGACAUCAGUGCAGGUGCACGCCGAGGUCCACAAGUCCCUGGACACAUUCGCUUCUUUUCUGGCCAGAACUAUAGAGAGCGAGGCCAAGCUAACCCUCUUCGGGGACGCUCUCGCUUUGCCCGCGGGACUUUGCGCAGCUCGAUCGGCGCCGAGGCCGAGAUACCUGGACGGUCAGAGACUGAGGAUGGAGAGCAUCGACGAAGGCAUCGUUAAAGAUGACAGAGAGGAAGAGGAAGAGCGGGACUCGCAUAUAAAACCAGCUUGAUGUCAGCCCGUGUUCUUCGCUUCCUACAUGGAUUGUUACACUUUAACGUGAGCAGACAAACUUGAAAAGUGAGAAGACAAGUAUUAUUCAUUCCUACCUUCACAUAGGAAGCCUUGACUACUGCAACGAUAUUGACGUUUUUUUCACUGCACAGAUUGUUCAAAAUAGUACCUGCAAAUAUCACACCCUUGUGAACGCCAAAGUCAUAUCGAGACUUGUUAACAAACGAAGGUGAAGAAUCAGGGUCUACUGUUUUUGCUUGUCAGUAAAAUGAGACACAUUGUAUCCAAGAGACUGAGGGGAUCAAGGAAAAUGAGCCUUGCGGCAAAGUGGAGACUAUGGAGUGGAAUACUUAAGCAACAAAUGUAUCCUCAAGUGUUACAGUACUAAAAAUAGUAACUGGAAAUACUUGCUUUUCCCAAUGGAAACGCAUCAAGGGUGAGUAGAGCCAAGUACAUUCGGUACCAUGCAGUAAAAAAGAUAAAUUACAGAGAUUUAAUACAAAAAUGUACAUUAAUUUACUGUUACAGUAUAUUAUAUACAUUCAGUUUCCACUAGUAGCAGAAGUACUGUUUGUCUCUCAAGCUUACUUUUGUACAUUUGAAUAGGAUUACUAGCUUGUAAUCAUGUUUUUGUUGCAUACUUUUUACCUUUUCUCUCAAUAGUACGUGUGGUGUAACCUGAUGUCAGCUUUCAACAAGGAACAUUGGAGGGAUGUUUCAGAAUUGAUUAAGUGCUUUAGUCUUACCUCGUUUGGGUUGUCGUUGACAUGCGGCUUUUUUAAACGGUACUACUUUUUAUCCAAGAUAAAACACUACAACAAAUGUAUCAAGAUGAUCACCAACUGAGUACAACCGGGCUUUGUAGAUACAAUGUCUACAUGGAUCAUAUUGAUAUCAUGUGUUUACAGCUCUUGGGUUAAAAAAACAUUUGAAGACAAUUACUAGCUUGUGAUCAUUGUUUGGCAUACUGUUUACUGUACAUUUUCUCACUGCACACAUGGUCAAACUCAGAUGUCAGAGUUCAGAAAAGAACUCUGGGAGUGUGUGUAAGCAUUUAAUAAGCUCGUUGACAGCGCUUCAGUCUUACCUCGGAUUUGUUAUGCUUGUUUGAAUGGUACUACUGUACUUUUUUUAUAUAUGAAAAGGAAGUGACUGAGAUGUUUACGUUUUUGUAUUGCGUUUCUAUAAAAGUGUUUUGUUCAA